GUCCCUCCGCGGGCGUGUCCCUUCGAGGGCGCGGCCGGAGACUCGGUGAGGCGGGUGUCGGCUCCGGACGGCCAGAGGCAGGGGAAGAGCAAGCUAUGGGUGCUGGGGCUGAAGAGCGGUCUCAGCUUGUUUACCUCACGUCCUUCCAGAAGGUUCUAAGUGUCUGUCAUGUCUUGUCUGUCAGUGGGACGGCCCAGAGAAGAGGACGCGGAGGCGCUGACAUCUAGUUCUGAGCAGCUGUUGGACAUCAACUAAGAGGACCUGAGAGGAGGCCUCUAGAGACCUACAGCACAGGCCGCCAUCGCUCCGCACUCUCCGCUUCCUGUUCUGAGAAUCGGGUGCCACUAAGAUGUCGAACCCAUUCCUGAAACAGGUGUUCAACAAGGACAAGACGUUCAGGCCCAAACGCAAGUUUGAGCCUGGCACGCAGCGCUUUGAACUGCACAAGCGCGCGCAGGCAUCCCUGAAUGCGGGGCUGGACCUGCGGCUGGCUGUGCAGCUGCCACCAGGCGAGGAUCUCAACGACUGGGUGGCCGUGCACGUGGUGGACUUCUUCAACCGCGUCAACCUCAUCUAUGGCACCAUCAGUGACGGCUGCACCGAGCAGUCGUGCCCGGUCAUGUCUGGGGGCCCCAAGUACGAGUACCGCUGGCAGGAUGAUCAGCGCUACCGGAAGCCCACGGCGCUAUCUGCGCCCCGCUACAUGGACCUGCUUAUGGACUGGAUCGAGGUGCAGAUCAACAAUGAAGACAUCUUCCCCACUAAUGUCGGCACACCAUUUCCCAAGACCUUCCUGCAGGCAGUGCGCAAGAUCCUGUCGAGGCUGUUCCGCGUGUUCGUGCAUGUGUACAUCCACCAUUUUGACCGCAUCGCCCAGAUGGGCUCUGAGGCGCACGUGAACACCUGCUACAAGCACUUCUACUACUUUGUCACGGAGUUCAGCCUCAUCGACCCCAAAGAGCUGGAACCCCUGAAGGAGAUGACAUCACGGAUGUGUCACUGAGCCCCCCCAGCCGCCGAGACUUGGGGAGACAGCUACACGCAGCCUGUGUCUGAGGAGCAGCAAUACCAUGGCGUCAGCCCCCUCUCCGGUGACUGUGACCGCUCUGACUCUAAGCAGGCCCCUUGCCAGCAUCCAGGGGCUGGACUUGAACCUGGACAUUGCGCUUUCAGCCACUGGGUUUACACUGUGUCUGUGCCAAGGCCUCUGACAGGAGGCCGGACUUGGAGCCAUUGCUAACUACCCCCUGACAACUUCAACCCCAGAUUGCCAACCUGGGAGGGGAGGGGAAGUGCCCCCAGGUCUCUUCUGUUUACAGUCACAUCGAGCGUGGGUGACCACGUAGGCCGCCAGCACACCUCCAAAGACGUCCUGAUGUGCCAUGCCCCCUCAUCGCCAGCAUCGCCAGGCCAGGACCCCAGAAUUGGGUGUUCUGAGGAGUCUCUGUAAGUCAGGCAGGGUACACACACUGCAUGCCUGAUUCCAGAACUAUGCAGGAAGAAGGAUAGCUACAAACUUGAGGCCACCCUGACCUCCACAAUGAGGGUCAGACCAGCCAGGGUCCCAUGACAAGAUUGUCUUUUAAAAAAAUGUAAAGGAGCCAGGCUGGGUGGCCCACGCCUUUAAUCCUAGUGCUUGGGAGACAGAGGCAGGCAACUCUCUGCGUUUGAGGCUAGCCUGGUCUACAGAGCAAGUCCAGGGCAGCCAGGGCUACACAGGGUCUGCACAUUGGGGAAGUGUUAGCUGCAUGCGUGUGAGUGCACACGUGUGACCCCCACACACCCGUGGAGGAGCCUGGGAGAGCCAGGCGUAGGUGCAGAGGGGCAGACAGUGAGAAUCGCAGCCAUGGUCCACCCUGGCACACAGCUGCACAGAGGUGCACAGACCUGCCCUGCUCUGAGGGUGGCCGGCUCCUGCACAGAUGUGCACAGAUGUGCACAGACCUGCCCUGCUCUGAGGGUGGCCAGCUCCUGCACAGAUGUGCACAGGCCUGCCCUGCUCUGAGGGUGGCCAGCUCCUGCACAGAUGUGCACAGAUGUGCACAGGCCUGCCCUGCUCUGAGGGUGGCCAGCUCCACUUCUUUUCUUUCUUUUACAUUGUUGGUUUUGCUUUUGAAACAAGGUUUUGAAACUGGCCUGGAACUCACAGAGAUCCUCCUGUCUCUGCAUCCCAAGUGCUUAGUUAAAUAUGUAAGAAACCAAACCCAGUCCAUUCAGAAAAAUUUUUGGUUUUGUUUGUGGUUUUGUUUUUGUUUUGAGACAGGCUCCUACUAUAUAGCCUUGACUAUCCUGAAACUUAUUUAGUAUACCAGGCUGGCCUCAAAUUCACAGAUCCACCUGCCUCUGCGUCCCAAGUGUCAGCCAGCCAAUCGAGAUUUUUGAGAUUACUUUUAACCGGUUUCUAGUGGCCGCCCUCCUGAGAACAGUGUCCAGUCUGUCCUGGAAUCCAGUAAUGAAUUCAUUGUGGCUUUCACCCUGGAAUCUGCAGUUCCUGGAGGGUGGUAACAGGAACCUUUCUUCAGUGGCAGCCUAUUAUGUAGCAAAACUUUGUGUGUUGUGUGGCCCCUAUGGGCUUAGGACCAAACUCCACAGGUCCCUCUGCCCUGCCACAGAGGGCAUAGCAGACAUGACUGUCCCCAGCUCCAGCGUGUGAGCCUCCUGGGCAUUCCCAAAGACCCCUGCACUGUAAAGAUCCCGAGGAAUUCUGGUUAUUUUUCCAGAGGCUGCCACUAACCUAACUGUGUAGUUAACAAAGCGUCAAUGCCUGAGCCCAGAGCCUCAGAGACACCCUGAGUCCUUCCAGAAAUCACUGCACCCAAUACCCAGCUCUGGAAAAAUCCGGGACCAGCCCUCAAGGCUUGACUGAAUUGGCCACCUUGCCAAAUCCCAGCAGCCCAGGGAGGGGUCCACUUCCCUCCCUCCUCCAUGCCAGCCUAAGAAUAAAGUGGUCCUCCCCAUACUAAGGGCUGCUCCUCUCUGCUUCUCUGCAACUCCCACCCUGAACGAUGGCCUGGUGACAAGCUUUGACAACAGCCUGUUCCACCACAGAGGACCAAGGACUACAAGAUAACAUGAAACUACGCAGAAAGCAGACUCGAUGGCUGGCUGACAAUUCUUUUGUGUUCUGAGAUGGAGUUUUCCUGUUGUUGUAUGAAUGUGCAUGAUGUGUUGUGUUGCCACUGUGCAUAUGGAGGUCAGAGGACAACUCUCCUCUUUUUACCCCCUGACCACGCCCCCAUCCCCCCUCACUGGGAGAUGCUAGGUGCGGCCCCACCCCUGAGCCAAGCUCCCAGCAGCUCACUUGGGAAUUCUGGGGGGAAGGGGACUUCACGCCCAAACCCUCCGUUUUAAGUGAAAAGCAUAGUGCUGACAGCCAACUGAGUCUCUUUCCAUGUUUGUAUUAUGGCUGUAGAUCCCAAUAUAAAAGCAAUUUGUUUAA